GAAAGUGGUAUUUCAAGUAUGGAUAGUAUACCUAUCUCUCAAGAACGAAGAAGUAACGAAAAAAGUACACAAGAUUCUAAUAGAAGAAAUUAUCAAGAAUAAAAAGAACACAAUGUACAUAAUCUUAGGUAAUUUCAAUACUGUACUAAAUGAAAGACUAGACAUGAGCAGUGGAGAAAGAAGAAGUACGGAUACAAGUGCAAAAAUCACAAAAUGGCUUAAAAACACAGAUCAUAUAGAAAUAUUCCGGUUCUGUAAUCCAGAACUAAUCAGAUAUUCAUGGUUAAAUAGUAAUGUAUCAACUAGAAUAGACUACAUCUGGAUAAUACAAGAUAUGAAGAAUCACAUCUUAAACAGUAAUAUAGAACAGAUGGAGACAAUAACGGAUAGCGAUCAUGGAUUAGUUUGGAUACAGCUAGACGGAUUAGAUAUUCUUGAGAAAAACAAGUAA